AUGCUUGAUAUCAACUUGCUUUUGGAGGAACGUGGCGGCAACCCUGACAUGGUCAGAGAGUCUGAAAAGAGACGUGGUGGAAAUGUGGAGCUUGUCGAUCAAAUCAUUGCUGAAUACAAGGAAUGGACCACCUUCCAAUUCACCAGUGAUCAAAAGAACAAGGAAGCCAAUGCCAUCCAAAAGGAGAUUGGCAAGAAAUUCAAGGCCAAGGAGGAUCCCUCUGAAUUGGUCGCUCAAAAGAACGCUCUUCAACAAGAGAAGGAAGCCCUUGUUGCUCAAGCCAAAGAGAAGGAAACCUCUUGGAAGAACAAGCUGAACCUUCUUGGUAACAUUGUUCACUCCUCUGUGCCUACUUCCAUGGAUGAGGACAACAACGAAGUCAUCCGUACCUACUACCACAACGGUGUUGAGCCUGUCAAGAGAACCGACAUUAUGUCUCACCACGAAGUUCUCUCUCGUUUGGAUGGUUAUGAUCAAGACCGUGGAGCCAAGAUUGCUGGUCACCGUGGCUACUUUUUGACUGGCGUGGGUGUUGAUCUCAACUUGGCUUUGAUCACCUAUGGUCUCAACUUCCUUGCUAGAUAUGGUUACAAGAAAUUGCAAACCCCCUUCUUCAUGAACAAGGACAUGAUGGCCAAGACUGCUCAAUUGUCUCAAUUUGAUGAAGAGCUUUACAAGGUCUCUGGUGAUGGUGAGGACAAGUAUCUCAUUGCCACCUCUGAGCAACCUAUCUCCGCCUUCCACUCGGGUGAAUGGUUCGAGAAGCCCUCUGAGCAAUUGCCCAUCAAGUAUGCUGGUUACUCUACCUGUUUCCGUAAGGAAGCUGGUGCUCACGGUAAGGAUACCUGGGGUAUUUUCCGUGUUCAUCAAUUUGAAAAGAUUGAACAAUUCGUCUUGUCUGCUCCCGAGAACUCUUGGGAGAUGUUCAACGAGAUGAUUGAACAUUCUGAGGAAUUCUUCAAGAGUUUGGGUCUCUCUUACCGUGUUGUUGCCAUCGUCUCUGGUGCUUUGAACAACGCUGCUGCCAAAAAGUACGAUUUAGAAGCUUGGUUCCCCUUCCAAGGUGAGUAUAAGGAACUCGUUUCUUGUUCCAACUGUACCGAUUAUCAAUCCCGUAACUUGGAAAUCCGUUGUGGUGUCAAGAAGAUGUCUGACCGUGAGAAGAAGUACGUCCACUGUCUCAACUCUACUCUCUGUGCCACUGAAAGAGCUCUUUGUGGUUUAUUGGAGAACUGGCAACGUGAAGAUGGUUUGGAGAUUCCUCCUCCUUUGGUUCCCUACAUGGAUGGCAAGACCUUCAUCCCUUAUUCCAAGCCUAGACCCGCUCCCAAGAAAUAA